AUGGCUACUAUUAGGCUCGGGGCGGUGCUUAUCGGCAGCUUAGCGACGGUACUGGUGUUGCUGCAACUGUUCUCGUUGAUCAGGACCCAGGACCAGCCGUUCAUCGUCGGAGUACGGCCCCAGUGGGAGCACAGCACGGCCGCGUCCGCGGCGGAUGAUGGCAUUUUUAUGCUAGGGGCGGGGAAGGCGGAUAUAACGGGACCCGUUGUGGAGGUAGGGCUUAAUGGCUAUGCUAGCUUAGAUCAAGUUGGAACUGGUCUUCGGCAGAGAAUUUAUUCUCGUGCUUUUAUCGUUGCCAAUGCUAAGAGCCCAAACGACACCUUUAUAUACAUCGUUUUGGAUGCACUGUCGGGGGACACCGCUGUGCGACAUGGCGUCCUCCAGGGUCUUGCCGGCCUUGGCAGUGACUAUGCACAGUAUACCGAACGCAACUUGGCCCUGACAGGGACGCACUCCCAUUCAGGGCCAGGCGCGUGGAUGAACUAUCUCCUUCCCCAGAUUCCUACCAAGGGAUUCGAUAAAGAAAGCUACCAGGCGCUUGUCGAUGGUGUUAUUCUAUCCAUCAAACGAGCCCACGAGAGUCUGGCGCCGGGACGUCUGAGUUUUGGCUCCAUAGAUCUAGAAGAUGCCAAUGUCAACAGAAGUCCUUACGCUUACGACGCCAACCCCGCCGAAGAGAAGACGCGGUACUCGGCCAACGUGGAUAAGGCGUUGACGCUUCUGAGGUUCGACCGGCAAUCUGACAACAAGACCACUGCCGUGCUGACCUUCUUCCCGGUCCACGGCACAUCAUUGUAUAACAACAAUACCUUGAUUACCGGAGACAACAAGGGGGUCGCUGCGUGGCUUUUUGAGAGGAGUGUCAGAAAUGACAAAAGGUUUGCGGAUGGGUUUGUCGCAGGCUUCUCGCAGUCCAGUGUUGGCGAUACCAGCCCGAAUGUUCUGGGAGCUUGGUGUGAAGAUGGCUCUGGGCAGCAAUGCCGAUACUCAGACAGCACGUGUGGCGGCAAAACACAAGACUGUCGCGGCCGUGGGCCCUAUUUUCGCGAGAACGACAACGGGGCAAAAAGCGGGUUCGAGAUUGGACGGCGGCAGUAUGCAGCUGCCAAAGACCUGUAUGGUCGGCUGGAUUCCAACCCCAUCCAUAUUCUUUCCGGCUCCGACGUCCGUUCUUUUCACGUUUACCAAGAUCUCUCCAACUACACGUUUCCCUCGCCGUUCAACGGUAGCAUCUUGAAGACAUGUUCUGCAGCACUGGGGUUCUCAUUCGCCGCUGGCACCACCGACGGACCAGGCAUGUUUGACUUCACUCAAAAUGGCACUGGAUCAGCCGAGUCCAACCCUUUAUGGUACGUUGCUCGCGCAUUCGUCCACCCGCCAUCAAAAGCGCAGCAGGCAUGUCAAGCGCCGAAGGAGAUCCUCCUUGACGUCGGACCAAUCAGAAUGCCGUACGCCUGGGCACCAAAUAUUGUGGACAUUCAGGUCCUGCGAGUGGGUCAGCUAUUCCUCGUUAUCUCUACCAGCGAGGCCACAACGAUGUCCGGGCGGCGCUGGAAAGAAGCCAUCGCGGCAUCAGCAAAGAGCGCUCUUUCGGUUGCAGAGCCCCUCGUAGUCUUGGGCGCCCCGUCUAAUAGCUAUGCCCAUUACGUGGCUACGGAGGAGGAAUAUGGGGUGCAGCGGUACGAAGGUGCUUCGACUCUGUACGGACCUAACACCCUUGCGGCGUACAUCAACCUGACCCUCACGUAUUUGCCGUAUCUCGGAGACUCGCCUCCAGCAGCCAGUUUGCCGUCGUUGUCUUCCGGCCCGUCACCCCCCAUUAACACUGACAAUUCCCUGAGCUUUAUCCCACUGGUUGUGUAUGAUGGGUCACCUAUUGGAAAGGCAUUUGGCGAUGUUGUAACAUCCGCUGGGGGUGCCACUUUUGGACCUGGUGAUGUCGUCAAUGUCACUUUUGUGGGCGCUAAUCCCCGUAACAAUCUGCGACUCGAAUCAACCUUUGCGGCCGUCGAGAAGUACAAUUCAGCCACAGACGCAUGGGACGUUGUGCGCACUGACAGUGAUUGGAAUCUUCUUUACAACUGGAAAAGGACCAGCACGGCUUUGGGCUAUAGUGAGGUCACCUUCCAGUGGCAGAUAGAGGAUGAGUAUUACAACACGGGAAACCCCGACAGGGUUCAGUCUGGGAAAUAUCGAUUCCACUACUAUGGCGAUUGGAAAAGUUUAUCGGGAAAGAUAACGGCCUUUGAGGGAACCAGUGAGCCCUUUACAGUCGCGGUCAGCUGAACAUUCCUCGUUGAUGAUUGUCUAUCAUGAUCCGAUGGCAAGGCGGACAAGGCUUAGGGCUUAAGACACAUAUUGGUGCACCGC